AAGAAAUUCUUGCUUCAGGAUGCAUUUCCUUGUUUUGUGAAAUGAGUUUCUUAUUUGUUUAGUGACCAUUUGCGUUUACUUUUCUUUGAACUGCCUGUGAAUGACCUUUGUCAUUUUUUUAUUGAGUUUUUGUCCUUGUUUCUCUCAAACAGUCUGUGUAGCCUUUUCUCAUAAGCCCUUUGACCUAGUUUUCUAGUUUGUCAUUUGAUUUUCUGUUUUGUUUAUGGCUGUCUUUUUAUUCCCCAGGUAGAAGUAUUUAAUUCUUAUGUAGUUAGUUUUGGCAUUUUUUCCUUAUAGGUUCUUGUCGUUUUAAAUGACACUUUUAAACGCAAUAAUUGUUCAUUGCAAUUAGAAAUUUUUCCAUGGAGACCACACUUAAAGUCUCUUUAAAGAUAAUUCAGAAUUCAUUAUCCACUGUUGUUCUUGUAGAUACUGCUUUUAAAAGUAAGAUUUUAAAAGUAAGAAAUGGAGAUGAUGGUAACAUGGAGAGUUUUUUGUUUGAACCACGUUUGGGAUCCAAGAAAUUGGUACCCCUUUAUUAAUUGUUAUUUUUAAAAUUAUCAGAAGCUACAAGUUUUAUAACUAUUAGAAUUUCAUUUUUUUAUUUAUUUUUACAGAAUUGUAGGCUGUCUGCAGAGAUUUGAAAAAUGGCAACAAAUGAAAAUGUCAGCAUCUUUAGUUCAGCAUCCUUGGCUGUGGAGUAUGUAGAUUCUCUUUUACCUGAGAAUCCUCUGCAAGAACCAUUUAAAAAUGCUUGGAACUACAUGUUGAAUAAUUAUACAAAGUUCCAGAUCGCAACAUGGGGAUCCCUUAUAGUUCAUGAGGCUCUUUAUUUCCUGUUCUGUUUACCUGGAUUUUUGUUCCAAUUUAUACCUUUCAUGAAAAAGUUCAAAAUUCAGAAGGACAAGCCAGAAUCGUUGGAAAGCCAGUGGAAAUGUUUUAAAGUGCUUCUCUUUAAUCACUUUUGUAUCCAGCUGCCUUUGAUUUGUGGAACCUAUUAUUUUACAGAGUAUUUCAAUAUUCCUUAUGAUUGGGAAACAAUGCCAAGAUGGUACAUGCUUUUGCUAAGAUGCUUUGGCUGUGCCGUGAUCGAGGACACCUGGCACUAUUUCCUGCACAGACUGUUACACCACAGAAGGAUAUAUAAAUACAUUCAUAAAAUUCAUCAUGAGUUUCAGGCUCCGUUUGGAAUGGAGGCUGAAUAUGCACAUCCUCUGGAAACCUUGAUUCUUGGAACUGGAUUUUUUAUAGGGAUCGUGCUCUUGUGUGAUCAUGUCAUUCUUCUUUGGGCGUGGGUGACCGUCCGUUUGAUAGAAACUAUCGAUGUCCAUAGUGGCUAUGAUAUUCCUCUCAACCCUUUAAAUCUCAUCCCUUUCUAUGCUGGCUCACGGCAUCAUGAUUUCCACCACAUGAACUUCAUUGGAAACUACGCUUCAACCUUUACAUGGUGGGAUAGAAUUUUUGGAACAGACUCACAGUUUAAUGCCUACACUGAAAAGAUGAAGAAAUUGGAGAAAAAGACUGAGUAAACCUUUCCUGUAAACCCUCUUGAAGAUACACAUUUUCCUGGACUGAAACUAGCAAACAUUGCUUCUGGGAGCAGAAAUAAGCAGGUGUCUUGGCUGCAUGGUGAUAAAGAGAAUAUUAACAACCUUUAAUUAUCUUCCUAGUGGGUACUUUUUCUACUUUACAUACAAGUCCCAUUUAUGUACAAAUAAAUAUUUAUUAAGUAGAGUUUUCAUGAGGAAAUCUUAAAUGCCAUUUUGUUAACCUUACAAAAAGAUUUUAACGUACUGGAAGAAGUAUUAAUCUGUCAGGUUGGCACUGUGGUUAAGUGCUCGGCUGCUAACUGAAAGGUCGGCAGUUCGAACCUAUUAGCCGCUCCGUGGGAGAAAGAUGUGGCAGUCUGCUUCCAUAAAGAUUACAGCCUUGGAAACCUCGUGUGGCAGUUCUACUCUGUCCUAUAGAGUCGCUAUGAGUCAUAAUCGAUUCAGUGGCAGUGGGUCUGGUUUAACGCCAUAGGUCUGAAGAUGAAAUUGGUCUUUAAUUCUUUUAAAUAUGUAGUGCCCGUUUCAGAAAGCUCUCAGUCGUGCUGUUGAGCUCAUACUGAACUUUAGACGCUUUGCUGAAUUUGCUUAAGGAUCAGAAUAGCAUGGGUUGAACCACAGAGACUGAUACAGUGAGUGACUGAAGCUGCUGCAUCAGGAAUAGCCAUACUGAGGCCUUAACUCUAGUCUGGAGCUGACCAUCUGGGGUGAUCCUCCCUUUCUCUGCGGAGCUCUUUUCCAUUCACUGCCCUACUGGCAUCUAUAAAUUAGAGCUUUUCUGAACUGAUGUAAGUGGAGUAUUUUAGUCUAAAAGUUCUCACAGUUACUUGAAUUUUUUAAAAAUUGAGGAGCUUUAUUUCUGCUAUUAAACUUUCAUUUUUGUAUUUCAAGUUUUCAUUAUACUUAAAUCUGUGUCUUGUAACUUUAUGAACUGACUCGCUGUAUUUGCACUUUGAGCUAUUGAAAUAAAUGUGAUGUUUGUCUCAUCUUGUUUCCGUUUUUGAACAUCAUCUGUUACCUUCCAUUUUAUUUUUUUUAUAAGAAGAAUUGCAGAAAUCAUUACAUUAUUGUUUUAUAUUCCUGCUUUUGAAGUAUUUCUUUUGCUAAACUGUUCCCUGAAGUUUCAGCUGUAAUUAGUGGGCUGCCUAUUGUGAGAAAUUCCAUCGACCUGAUCAAAGUGGAGGAUAUACACCAGCUCUGUUCUUGCCACAGAAAGUGUAUUUUCUGUAAAGAUGAAAAUACUGAGCUAAAUAUUUCCAGGGCUCAUUGAUCUCAGGCAUCUAAGUUCUAACUCAAAUCAAGAGUUGAGAAUUCUAACUUAGUAUUAAAAACAAAUGCCCUCAAGUUGAUUGCAGCUCCUGGCGAUCCCAUGUGUGUCUAGAACCGUGCUUCACCAGGUUUUCAGUGGCUGAUUUUUCCAGGUCACCCUUGGGUGGACUCCCAUCUUUUCAUUACCAGCUGAGCUCUUAGUCAUUUGUGAUUAUUGGGGUUUUUUUCCUUCAUAUUGAGCCAUUUUCUGGUAUGUUUUUUUCUUCUUUUUUUGAAAAGUUUUAUUGUAAAUGGGUCCAAAUAAGGGAUUCAGAAAGUUACAAUGGAGAAUGUUUUGCUAAACCGUUUUUGUAACUUGUGCAUCAUUUAUAACAGCCUUUUCAUUUUCCCUCCUCCCAUUGCUGUGUGUGUGUAAAUUUGUUGUCUCUUAAUUCUCAAACAGCAAUUUUGGGGCUGCACUUAAAUUAUGCCAUUUAAUUAUAAAGUAUCUGUAGGAAUUAUUUUAUCUUCUACCUUUC